AUCACCGUGUCAUUUGAUGCAAGUAAAUUACCAAAUUAGCGUUACUUUUUUCAUCUAAAAUACCAUCUUGAUUCUUUUUCAAUAUAAUUUGGGGAUGAAUCUCCGAAUUCCAACAAUUGCAAUAUGUAUUGAAUGCAGCAUUUGUACUACUUCCUCCAUUCUCGCGCAAACUCACAUCGUAGUGGAAUGCGGAUUUCUAUGCUAACCUAAUGAGCUAGCUCCUUUUGCUAAAAACAAGCUCAUUGUUGAGACUUUUCCGAGCGUCAAAAUGUCUAAAACGCACCCGCUGUCCCCGUUAUCUUCAGCGGGGACGACUACCGGGGGUCAUUCGUCGUCCUCGUCGUCUUCCUCUGCCGGGGGCUCGACAUCUCCCGCAACCGUGUUGAACAUUCAGCCCGAAAAACCUCAACACUACACCUACCUAAAGGAGUUCAGAACGGAGCAGUGUCCCCUGUUUGUCCAGCAUAAAUGUACACAACACCGGCCUUUUUCCUGUUUCCACUGGCACUUCUUGAACCAGCGGCGCCGCAGGCCCAUGCGCAAACGGGACGGGACAUUCAACUACAGCCCAGAUGUUUAUUGUACCAAAUAUGAUGAGGGAACUGGAACCUGUCCUGAUGGAGAUGAAUGCGCAUUUCUACAUCGGACAGCUGGCGACACAGAACGGAGGUAUCACCUGCGCUACUAUAAGACGGGGUCUUGCAUUCACGAAACGGAUACGAGAGGCCACUGUAGCAAGAACGGCUGUCAUUGUGCCUUUGCGCACGGGUCACAUGACCUGCGCAGCCCUGUGUACGAUGUGAGGGAAGUGCAGGUCAUCGAGUGUCAAGGUGGCGCCGGGCCGUCAGAAGGAGCUGGAGGAGACGGACAGUCGGGCCAGGCGGCGAGCACGGCCCUUAUAGAGAAGAUUCUGAGUGAGGAACCACGCUGGCAAGAUAACAACUAUGUGUUGUCGCACUACAAGACGGAGCUGUGCAAGAAGCCGCCUCGCCUGUGUCGUCAGGGUUACGCCUGCCCGUAUUAUCAUAACAGCAAAGACAGGCGGCGCAGCCCGCAUAAGCACAAAUACAGAGCUUUGCCAUGUCCGGCGGUGAAACUGAGCGAGGAGUGGGGUGAUCCGAGCAAAUGUGAGUGCGCGGAGGGAUGUCAGUAUUGCCACACGAGAACGGAACAGCAGUUCCAUCCCGAGAUCUACAAGUCCACAAAGUGCAAUGACAUGCAGCAGUGCGGCAGCUGUCCCAGAGGACCCUUUUGUGCUUUCGCUCACGUUGAAAAAGCAUUUGUCUUCGAGGAGUCCUUCUCCUCACCCAGAUCCCCCCCACCUCUCCGUCCGCCAGAUCCCGGUUCUGCAGAGGAGUUAGAGUCAAGAGGAUACAAUAAGGGUCUCGGUCAGGUCGCUGACCCCUUCUCGCCCUCCGCCGGGUCACAUGUUGCCGAGCAAGGCCUCCUGGGUAAUGUGCUGAGUCUUUGCGAGGACAUGAGGGGAGCAGCUGAGCCGUUGUCCUCUUGGGUGGGGGAGGGAGGCUAUGGCAGGGCGCCUGGAUUUGAGAGGGAGGAUCAGGCGAAACAGAGAAGUUUUGCCCUCGAGCAGCGCAGCAGAGAAGCGGCAUCGGCGCAAAGCAGUAAACAGGAUCUGCUGGUGUUUCUGCCAGUAGGCAGUCCUUUAAGUCUGUCAUCCAGCAUCCCCUCCAGUCUGGCCGCGACCCCACCCAGCCCCGCGCCCCUCGGACCCCCGGGGGCCGGCAUCGCAUCAGGCAUGAAUGCCAACGCCUUGCCCUUCUACCCCACCAGUGAGACAGUGGAGUCUGUUGUUGAGUCGGCGCUGGAUGAUCUCGACCUGAAUGAUUUUGGUACUACGGCGUUGGAAAGGGGCUUGGAGAGUAGUUCAAGUCUGCCGCGGGUGGGAGUGAGGCUCGGCGGUACCCGACUUCAGAGCUCAGCCCCAGUCAACAUCCCGGGAUCCUUCAGCACACCUGCUCCUUUUAGCUCUCCCUCGCCGUCCCCCCCAAUCAGACCACGCGCUUCCCCGUUCUUCUCCACUCAGCUGUCCCAACCUGGACAGCAAGAGAGCCCCUUCCUGGGCCCAUCCCAUAGCUCCUUAGGUCUUAAUGGUAUGAGCAGUCACAUCUGGGAGCACUUCCCGUCAGGCCAGGGCUCCCCUGGCACACCCCCAGCCCUGAUGCCCUCCGGCCCAUGUGCGGAGACGUCCAGGCUCAAACAGGAGCUGGAGGAGGCUCACAGGGCGCUGAAGCAGUGGGGACACAGCUGGAAACACACAGCUCAGUCGUGGGCCACGCUGAAAGCAGACGCCGAGGAGUCCCGCGCCCACGCGGGGCGGUUGGCUAUGGAGGCCGAGAGAAUCAGGCAGGCUGAGGAGGAGGCACAGAGACAAUCUUCUCUCCUGGAGGAGGCGCUGGAGACCCUGAGGAGCAGAGACAAUCCUCAUCUAUCGUUGCACCAGCUGCAGAUGCUACACAGACUUCCCUUGGAAUCUAUCCUCAGUCUGCAAGCGCAACUGUGCAGCUGUUUACACACCGUGGAACAGGUGGUGUACAAGAAGCAGAGGCAGUGCUGUGUGUCGUGCGGCGAGCAGGGCUCCGUCUCGCUGCCAUGCGGCCAUGGACUACAUUGCGAGAGCUGCUCCACCUCAACAGAGUGCCCUCGCUGUCCUGAACAAACGCUGGAGCAGAAGCAGCAGCAGCAGCAGCUCUCCUGACACUUCGGACCAGUCAGAACACCGCACACAUCGGCGAUUCCGCAUUAGUCAGUCUUGAUUCCACGACCACCAGCCAUGGAUCUUUGAAACCAUUCCAGACUUUGUCGGGGUUCUUUUUAACUCUUUAUUGCAACACGAUAAUCCCCGGCAGAGGAUCAUUUCAUGGGGGACAGUGAACAGGCGCUGCCUCAAAUAGCAAAAAUCCAUGCGUGUUGACGUCCACCCAAAAAGAUUUGUAGUUGCCUCGAGGAACUUUUUUUUCUAUUGGAAAAGGCCAUGGCCUGACUAAAUGAAGCUUGUCCCCUCAUGUCAACGUAGUUCCUUGGCCCCCCAAGCAAUAUUUCUGCAUUAGACAUGGCUAUGGCCUGAGCACAACAUUUUUCAAUGAAUAACGGAUGACCAGUUCCUAAAUUUCAAAUACAAUGCUUCAUUGUGCUUGUGGUUAAUCAGCCAUUCGUGUGAGUAAUUCAGAGAAUAAUUUCCAGUUUUACCAAAAAAGACAAGAGGAAUUGAUAGUGAAGGUUGAAGUCGCCAGAAGUGGAGAAUUGAUCGGCUCAUAGCAAAUAAUGUAAUAUAUAAAGUAACACAGCCGGAUUGCACUGUAUGUUACAAGUGUACCUAAUCAGGUGACUAUUUUUGCAGCGCCGUCAAUCAUCAGAGUUGCCGGCGGGGAUUUCAAAAUGCAUUGCCGUGGCACGUCACGAAAAAAAAAAAGCAUUUAGCAUAAUUUUUUUUUGUAAUGGCUAACAAAUUUCAUAAAUGCUAACUUAUGAAUCACAUGCAGAUUUUUAUACAUUUUUGACAUCAUUUCUGUCCACAUCAAUGUCAGACUGUCUCAAUGUAUGGAUGACAAGGCAAAACGGCAACAUUUUGAGACGUUAACCAAAUCACGAGUCUUAGUAAGGUGAUGUGAUAUAAACCCUAAAGGGCAUAUUUCAUCUCAUUCAUAUAAAUUGUACAAUAUAUCUAGCUAUAGCCAAAGGAGGCCGACAGGAAUUAGUGCAGGUGUUGUUUAUAUACUGAAUUUGUUGUUUUCAUUGUUAUUCUUAGCAAAAUAAAUAAU